AUGGCCACGAAGCCGCUGACGGUGUCGCGCGUGCCGACCAUCUACUCCCUGGCCCAGCUGGAGGAGACGGCGACCUUUCCCCCGCCGUCCCCCUUCCCCCCGCCAUCCCCCUUCCCCUCGCCCCCCAAGGGUGUCAUCUCCACGCCCGACCGCGCCGUGGCCGAGCUGGCCGGGUCCCUGCUCCCCGCCUUCCAUUACACCGACGUGGACGCGCUGGACGGCGGGCGAGUGCGCUCCUUCGGCUCCUUUGACAGCCUGACCGCCGCGCUGGGCCCGGCGGGGGGGGAGGAGGCGACUGGCGCCUCCCCGCCCUCCUCCGAGGCGGCCUCAGACGAGGACGCGGCCAUGACCGAGCCCAUGGUGGUCCCGCAGCGCAGCGUGCUCAGCAUGCUGCUGCUGGCGGAGUGGGAGGACCGCGCGGAGCGCGGCCUCUUCCGCUACGACGUCACCGCCUGCCCCACGCGCGUGCUGCCGGGGCACCUGGGCUUUGUGGCGCAGUGUAACGAGGGCCGGGCCAGCAAGAAGCGGCCCACUGAGUUCCGUGUGGACCAGGUCACGCAAGCCUUCGACCCCGCCAAGUUCAACUUCACCAAGGCCGCGCAGAAGGAGUACGGGCACGUGCUGCUGGUGCCCGACGCGCUUUCCCGCCGCGCGCAGGCCGUGGACACGGCCUCCUUGCUCUUGGCGCUGCAGUUUGCGCGCGAGGCCGACACGCCCUACCUCCGUCUCGGAUUCAACUCGCUGGGCGCGUACGGGACCAUCAACCACCUGCACUUCCAGGCCUACUUCCUGUACGCGCCCCUGGCCGCGGAGCGCGCGCCCGCUGCCGAGCUCCUGCGCGCCGGCGGCGCGCUGGCCGGCGUCAGCGUGGCCAGCCUGGAGGGCUACCCCGUGGCCGGCCUGGUGUUCCAGGCAGGCGGCUCCCUCGCCGACCUGGCGCGCUGCGUGGGCGCGGCCUGCGAGGCGCUGGCCGCCGCGGGCGUGCCGCACAACCUCCUCAUCGCCGACUGCGGGGUCCGCGUCUUUUUGUUUCCCAAUGCCUUUGCGGAGAGGAAGGCGCGGGGCGAGAUCCCAGAAGAUGUGGUGGAGUCCCAGGUGGAUCCUGCCUGCUGGGAGAUCGCGGGGCACAUCGUGAUGAAGCGGCAGCAGGACUACGAUACGGCCUCCCAGGAGAGCGCCUGGCACCUGCUCUCCUGCGCGUCCUACGACCCCGCCAACUUUGCGAGGGUGACGGAGAUCAGCAUCAACGCGGCCAAGGAGGCGAUGCGGGGCAGGAAGCUGGCCACCGCAUUCCGCUACUGA